UAAAGUGCUUCUGAUAUUUUUUGCGUGGUGACUGGUGAUUUACAAUUUCAGGCGUAUUGAUACAUAUGCCAGAAAGAGAUAUUUAAAUGCUCACCAAUUACAGUAUGUGAGCAGUAAUUUAUUUCAUAGCGAAGACUCACUUCUGAAAUAAAAACGAAAAAAACACUCAUCGCAGCCAGAUGAUUGUUGAGUAAUCAUUUUUUUUUUGAGUGAUCUAAUUCAGUGAAAAGAGAAUUACCAUGUCAUUGCUAGUAGCCAAGCAAAUUAUUCAUUUAAAUAGAGGAGUAGUUAGUUAUCCUGUCAUUUCUGAAUUUUACUUCUCAAAAAGAAAAUUUUCAUCUAAUAAUGAUUAUAUUCAACAAAGUAGAGUACCAACAAUGCAUUUUCAGCCAUCUCUUCCAAGAUUACCUAUACCUAAUCUUGAAGAUACAUGCAGGCGUUACUUAAAUGCUCAAAAACCUUUAUUAAAUGAUGAACAAAUGAAAAAGACAGAAGCCAUAGUCAAUGAUUUUUUAAAAAAAGAUGGAGCUCAGUUACAUGCAGAAUUGGUUAAAUUAGAUUCUAUGAAUAAACAUACAAGUUACAUCAGUGAGCCAUGGUUUGAUAUGUACCUGCGUGAUCGUAGACCAUUGCCUAUAAAUUACAAUCCUUUUUUGGUGUUCAGUCCUGAAGAAAAUGAAAAAUAUAAUGGUCAAUUAACUAAAGCAACAAAUCUUAUUAUAUCAUCCAUGAAAUUUUUAAAAUCCCUUCGAGCAAAUAUUCUAGAACCAGAAGUAUUUCAUUUAAAUCCAAAAAAAUCUGAUACCAAAUUAUUUCGUACUUUCACUCGUCUUUUACCAUCUUCUUUGUCAUGGUAUGGAGCUUACCUAAUGAACGCUUACCCCUUGGAUAUGUCACAAUAUGGUAAUUUAUUUAAUUCAACAAGGAUUCCCGAAACAGAUAAAGAUAGAAUUUUCAUGGAUGAAUCAGCUAAGCAUGUUGUUGUUAUGCGUGGAGGAAGGUUUUAUGCAUUCGAUGUUUUAAAUGGACAAGGACAUAUUGUUUCUGCGCAGGAAGUUGCUGAAAAUUUAAAUUAUAUACUAAAUGAUCAAAGCAAACCUAUUGAUGUGCCAAUUGGUAUUUUAACAGCUUCAGAAAGAAACAAUUGGGCUAACAUCAGAUCUCACCUUGUAAAAAUUGGGAACAAUGAAGUAUUAAAAAAAAUAGACUCAGCCUGUUUUAUGAUUAUUUUAGAUGAUGAACCAAUUGGUUCUGAUGAAAAUAAGUUACUCAGAAGAUUUUUACAUGGAGGAGGAGAUAAUAGGUGGUUUGAUAAAUCGUUUUCAUUGAUUGUUAGCAAAGAUGGUCACGCUGGUUUGAAUUUUGAGCAUUCUUGGGGUGAUGGAGUUGCUGUUCUGAGAUAUUUUCAAGAUAUCAAGAAAGAUAUAUCUACAAAUCCUUCUUUUGAUCCAGACUGUGAAAGAACGUUGAGAACUGAAUCUGCAAAAGUUGAAAAACUUGAUUUUAAAGUGGACAAUAAAAUAAAGGAAUCUGUUUCACAAGAAAUAACAAAGUAUGAUACAUGGACCAAGAAUUUAGAUGUUGGUUUUCUCAUAUACGAAGGUUUUGGAAAAAAAGAGUGCAAAGGUUUUGGAGUAAGUCCAGAUGCUGUGAUGCAAUUAGUUUUUCAAUUGGCUUUAUAUAAACAAGAAACUAAAUUCGUAGCAACUUAUGAGUCAUGCAGUACAGCUGCAUUUAAACAUGGAAGAACUGAAACUCUUAGACCUUUAACAUUACAGACUAAAAAUUUAUGUUCUACUAUGACAAGGAAUGCUUCUAAUGUAUCUAUUCAACAGAUUAAAAAAAUGAUUGUUGACUGCAGUAAUGCUCACACUAAUUUAAUGAAACAAGCUGCAAUGGGGCAAGGAUUUGACAGGCAUCUCUUUGCUUUGAGAAAAAUUGCAGAAAAAUCUGGAAUGAAAGUUGACUUAUUCCAGGACUCUGCUUAUGAGACUAUAAAUCACAAUAUCUUAUCUACAUCUACUCUUUCUAGUCCUGUAGUUAUAGCUGGUGGAUUUGGUCCAGUAGUGGAAGAUGGAUUUGGCAUAGGAUAUAUGAUACAAGAUAAGAAACUUGGAGUUGUUGUCACUAGUUAUCGUAACAAAAAAAGUGCAAGUGAAUAUAUCAAUAGUUUAGAAGCAUCUUUUAAAGACAUUCAUAAAGUUUUGCUAAGUAAAUGAAAGUUUUUACAUUUUUUUAUUUGUUUGUUAUAAUGUAUUCUACAAUCAAAUUAUAAUUGUAAUUAUUUACAAAUUACAAUU